GUACUGCUAUUUCUCAGGGUUCUCAGCCGUCGCGCCACGCGUCAUCGCGCAGCUGCGCGAGCAGGUGCUCGGCAGCUUCCGCCUCGAGGCCACGGGGCUGGAGCUCAUGCGGCAGCUCAACCUGUGGACGUGGUGCUGCGAAUUUUCGGUGGCAGCGAGCCUGCACGACUGCCUGGACGAUGACAUAAAGCACGGCCUGGUAGCGCGGGCGCAGUAG